AUGCUGACAAUCGUACCAAUAAGUUAUGUGUCAACGACAUUUCUCAGAGCACAUUUCUCACUUGAAAUGGCACAAUUGUUUUCAUUCGUGUUCGCAUCGUGCAAUUUCGUUUCGAGUAUAUUCGGCUUGCUUGCCGUGGAUCGUUUCGGGCGACGACCGAUGUUGCUCUUCUUCGGCUUUCUGAACGUUUUCUUUUUGAGUUCAUACUGUGUUUUCGAUCGACUGGCGAUCAACGUGAACACGCAAUUUCGAUAUGGAUGCGUGAUAUCGCUGCUCGGAUACGGCAUCACUUAUGGCUCGGCGCUUGGACCGAUAGCAUUUUUCAUAACCAGCGAAUUGGUACCACAGCAUUUUCGAUCAGCCGUGCAAGCGAUGGUCUUCUCAGUGAACGCUAUUUUCAUCUUCACUUUUAGUUUCUCCACGCUUCCGCUCUACAGAUGGAUCAACGUUUGGAGUAUGGUACCACUCUUCAUCAUACCAUCUCUAAUGGCUCUCACCUAUGUGUUCUUCAACUUACCUGAAACAAAAGGUCGCGAAAUUCAUGAAAUUGUUCGUGAACUGGCUGGUGGACACACGAUUUCACCAGAGGCUAACCGAACGAAAGAUCACUCGAUGGUGAUCGAAAAUCAAUAA